AUGACAGCGAAAACACAGCAUACCUUAAUUGACGAAAAAGCCAAUAUUCCAAUAGCGUUAUCCGAAAUAAAAAGCCAGAAGCUGAUUGCUGUCGAUUGUGAAGGUGUCAAUUUAAGUAGGAAAGGGGAGCUCACUCUGCUGGUCACAGCAACAAAGGCUAAGGUUUUCAUCUUCGAUAUAUUAAAACUCGGACAGUCUGCGUUCGACAAUGGGCUUCGUGAGCUUCUGGAGGAUGACUCCAUCGAGAAAUUAAUGUUUGACUGUAGACAAGAUUCAGAUAGUCUAUGGCAUCAAUUCAAAGUUAAAAUAACAGGUGUUCUUGACAUUCAGCUUCUAGAAGUGAUGUUCCGCAGAGUUCACUCUCCUUCAGAACCGAAACAGUACAAGUCCUACAGGCGAAGCGCGAAGACCGACGAUGUUGAAAACAUUUACGGAUAUCGAAAGUGCAUCGAAUUAUACCUUGAUGACAAAGAUCUGGUUGAAAAGAAAGAAAAUGGCAAACAAAUGUUUGAUAGUGGGAGAGAAAUAUGGAAAAGACGCCCACUUCCGGAACCCCUGGUCGAGUAUUGUAAAGUCGAUGUUUCCGGUUUGUUCCCGCUGUAUGAAAAGCUUAAACAGUCUAACGAUAUCCUACCACGUCUGCGAGUUGCAUCCAAACGUUAUGCGGACAUGUGGAGAAGAAAAGAGGAACGAAGUUUUAAUGAAUACGAAUCAAACGCCUUACUGCCUUUGGACAUCAUCCCAGAGUCGGGAACACUUAGUUUCCCUCACGCGUCCACGAAAUGUACAAAGUGUGAUCGGAUGUUUCCUAGAGAUGAGUUCAGUGGUAUACAGCUGCGACAAGGGGUCCAGAAAUGUCGGGUGUGUAAAAAAAUUAAACUUAGGAUAGAUGUUCAGCAAAACAGAGAAGAUAACUGGGGGCGGGAAGAGGAGUAUUGCUAUUUUGACGAAGAAGUGGAAGAUUAUUUCUAA